AGAGAUUACGACAGUCGCAAGGAAGACGCCAUGACAGAGAACGACAACCAGACAACAGAAACAAUCAUUUUUGACGGAUUUGACACCGACACUGAGGGCGAUGAGGAUAUUCACUUGUGUAAGAAAUGUAAGCUUGUCUUCACAAAUCUGAGCGACUACCUUCAACAUAAGGUGAAACAUGACAACUUCAAAGUCAAGUUAUCCAGGACCAGCGACAGACGUAUGCUGGUGCCCCAGCUCGUCCAGAAACCAGAGAAAGCCACACAGGAAAGGGGGAGUGGGAAAGAAAACAAACAACAGCGAAAAAGAGGAAAGAAGAAGGUUGCAGAGCCAGUAAAUCCAGAGUUGGUUAUAACCGAGAAACAGUCAUAUUGGUGUCCAAAAUGCAACAUCAAAUUCAACAGGGAAGCCACAUUGAGGAGACACGUAGAGUACGUACAUGAUCAGUCAGGGGAGUACACCACAUCUGUAGGGGAUGGAUCCGACGGUGAGGAGAAGAGCGAGGUCCAGGAGGAGAUUGAAGCCACAGUCCAAGAGGACCCUGACCCCACUGACACAGAUUUCAACAUCAAGGAGGAGCUCCGUGUGACAACCAAGAGCAACACUAAGGAAGUUCAGGUGGAACACAUUCCUAUCCAGACGGAGGACAGGGGGGACCGGCCGUAUAUAUGCUCAAUGUGCGGACACAGAUUCAAAGAGGCACCCAUUUUGCGGGCUCACAUGCUAACCCACUCAACAAGUAGAGAUUUUCCCUGUUCCAUUGAGGGAUGUAACUAUGCAUUCAAAACCAAAGGUUCUCUGAAGAGGCACAUGAGGAGACACACAGGAGAACGCCCAUUUAAGUGUGAUGAGUGUGGAAGAACUUUUACAGAAUCGGGAGCUCUAACAAGGCAUCUAAAAUCACGGGUGCCCUGUAAGAACAAAUCUGACCUUGAUUUGCCAAGAUAUGGAAAACGUUGGUCAGCCAAUGCUAUGUAUGGACCUCAGGCUAAAGUGGAACCCAAACUGAUCCCCUCUGGGGAGGAUGAGGAACAGGAGGAGGCAGUAAGGGACAUGGAAACAGAAUGUGCGAUCGCAGAGGUCAUUGCGUCCAAUGAGAAUGGAGAAGCUGCUGCCACGGUGGAGGAAAUCAAUAUGGAUGUGGUCACAUUGUCCACAGACAACAUCCUAGAGGGGGAAAUCAUAAAUCCCACACAAUGCAAGGUGUGUAAGGAAGACUUCCUGUCCUGUGACAUUCUGAAGAUUCACCUGAGAGCCCACCUGGCAGACAUACCUUUCAGGUGUGGAAUGUGUCAUUUUGUGGCAGAGAGUCGUAGUCAACUCAGUAAUCACAUGACUACACUGCAUCAAAAUCAACUCAAGGGAUCAGAACUUAUCAAUCAAAUUCCAGAAGGAACAUCCAUUUCAGAAAAUAACCAAGACCAAAGCAGGGUUGCCCGGAUUGCUGUCAAUCAGUUAUUGGAACUUCCCUCAAACAUGGAGCUUGAAGAACCAGAGCCGUCAAUACACAGGGCCAGGAAUAUUUACAAGUGCCCAGUGUGUGCCCGGGCUGUCAAGAGUCAAAACUACCUCCGACUCCACAUGAAAUCUCAUAUAGGUGAUAGACCCCAUAAAUGCUUGCACUGCCACAAGAGCUUCAUCACCAAGGAUACCCUGUCCAAACAUCUCAGUGUUCAUAAUGAAUCCAGGAACUUUAAGUGUGGCCAGUGUGGCAAACUAUUCAAGAGGAUAUCCCACGUCAGGGAACAUCUCAAAAUCCACUCUGUAGACCGGCCUUUCAUGUGUACUGUUUGUCACAAAGCAUUUAAAACCAAUAAUGCGAUGAAAGUCCAUCUACGAACUCAUACAACCAUUCUACCAUAUGUAUGCCCAUUUUGUCGCAGAAGAUUUCGAGAAAAAGGGUCGUUGCUUCGUCAUCAGAGGAUGCACACAGGAGAGCGACCAUUUAAAUGUCAGCACUGUCUACGAGCUUUUGCUGAACACGGAACUCUGAAUCGCCACUUAAAAGCUAAAGUUCCCUGUACUCGUCAGCUACAGGAAGCACGAGAGAAGGAGAAGAAGGAAUUCACAGUGCUGGCAGAAUUUUCAUCUGUUGUAGCAGACACCCAGCAAUACAUAGUUGAUGAUGAGCAAUCACAAAGUCAAUCACAGGAGGAAGAGGAGGCUACGGAGUAUGUGGUGGUACAGACGGGGCUGAGUGCCGAGGACCUACAAAACGUAGAGAUUAUCACAGAAGGAGAGGUGGAUCAAAACUUUCUGGAGGGUGUUCAAGUGACUGAUGAUUUUGUUGUCAUCACUGAUGCUGAUGAGAACAUGAAGAUUCUCAAUUCUAAAACGGGAGAAACUCUAGCUAUGAUGCCCAUUUCCACAAUCAACGAUGGAGGCCAGGUUGUGACUUUACCAUUAUCUGAUAACCAGAUAGAGGCUGUUGCCAUGGCACCAUCUUCUGUUGGUGAAAUCGAGGCUGUCACCAUCGACCCUUCAGAUAUUAACAAAAUAGAAGCUGUGGCUAUGAAUCCCUCAGCUGUAUCUGAUGGUCAGAAUGAAGAGACGCUGGAAACCAUUACUCUGUUGGCAUCGUCAGUUGAGGACAUGAGAAGCGAUGGAAACUCUGCAGGUGAAAAAGGGGCAAUAUCUGGAAAUUCGAAGGCGGAGGUGGCUUCAACCAAUGAAAUUGAGGCUGUAGCUAUGGCACCUGAUGCUAACAUUGGUGAUACUCUACAGCAGGCCAUGAUGGCAGCUAGUGUGGCUGAGGAUCAGGUGUAAUCCAAUCUUAGCUUUAAACUGAAAGUUCUAAAAAUAACCGAAGGACGACUUGGUGUGAUGCAAGGGUGUCUUAAAAAAGUGAACUACCCAGUAACCAGAGGAUAGAUUGUCUGGUACUAUAUGGUUCUGAACAUUACAACUUGCCCUGUGGUUGGGAAGGAAGGGGAAAUAAUUUGUUGUUCUGAACAUUACGACUCGCCCUGUGGUUGGGAAGGAAGGGGAAAUAAUUAGUGAUUAUACCGCCCUGAAAACAAAGUUUAGAGGGUAUACUGAAAUCACCUUAUCCAUCCAUCUGUAGAUCGAUUUGUCCAGAGUAUAUCUUUAACACGAUGAACAGAUUUAACUAAAACUUGUGUAAAACUGCUAUUCUGAUUGAGAUUUUUUAAUAUUUAAGGAAGUAAUGGCUAUUCAUUUUAUCCAUUUUGAGGGGGAGGGGGGCGCUAUGUUGUCAUUGUCUACAGUAUAUCUUAAAUAACAAUGAGCACAAAUUCACUUUUUCCCACCAUACAAUGUUCCCGGCAGGGGGUAUUAGUCCUAUUAGAACAGUUCUAGUUGCCCUAACUUGAGACUUAAUAGUGACACUUAUUAAGUUCAAUAUUUGUGAAAAUAAAUUCCUCAAAAGACAGUAGAAUUAUUUGAGUUUAUUACAAGUUGGUCACAAAAAUUUACCCCAAUUUCAGUCCAAUAAACGACUUCAUUAAAUCAAGGGAUCGUCAUCUGAUGGUAGAUGACAUUGUAAUGUCUGAAGUUAGGGGAGUCAUUGGUUGAGGGCAGUAUGUAUGCAGGAACUAAAUCCAAGAGUGGAUUGGCAUUUUGUAUUAAAUGAUAUCAUGAUAUUACGGCAAUGUCAGAGCAAAAUUUGUUACUUAUUAGUUAUAAUUGUUUGGUGUAGUACCAAUAUUUGGUCACAAUUGCAGUGUAUUUUAUUAAACUGUUAUGAAACUGAAAAA